GCAACGGCUGUCGUCUGCAGUGCAAACAAACUACUAACGUCUAGUACUGUUGGUGCAAAUAUGAAUUUAGAACAACCGUCUGAAGAUAUUGCGGGACAAAAUAAGUCAACAAGCCCGAUUUCUACACCAGAAGGGAAUGACCUAAAGAGAAGACCGCUGAAAAGAACUCCAUUUUCAAAGUUAAGGAAAGUACACGCUAACUUCAAAUCACCGGGUCAAGUAACCAGGACUUGUAAAGUGAGUCCUGACAAAGAGGCGGAGGAGCUGCAGAGGAGGCGAAUGCAGCUGGAUGCUGAGAUUGCACAGCUGGAGUUGGAAGGAUACAAAGUGGAGGAGCUGGACUAUCACAUUGAUAUGUUGCAUGAGUACAAUGACAUCAAGGACAUUGGACAGUCUCUCCUGGGCAGAAUAGCUGCUCUACGUGGGACCACCACACGAGACCUCUACAGCCACUUCAGUCUGGAACUGGGGGACUAACAGUAAAAAGAACCGUUUUGAAAAUGUUUGUAAAGUGGAGCCCACUGUCAGCUUUAAUUUAUUGGACAUUUAUCUAAACAAGAGUGUAUGAGAACACAGUUACUUGCCUGACAUGUUUAUUAUUUAUAUUAAAAAAAAUAAUGUUAA